AUACCUUAAUUUCAGAUUAUUCAUGGACUGGACAAAGUGAAUGAAGCAUGGAACACAAUCUUCAUUGCAUCCGAAGACGACAUGGAGGAAGCAUUAUCAGCUGCAAAGAGAGGAAUACUAACUUUCAGCGGCGACUGGUUGAUGAACUGUGUCAUGGGACAAGAACUAGACUUGGAUGCUCCGCAGUUUGCUGAGUCCUUAUCUGCUAGGUUCCAGUGGAACCCAGCAGACACAGAGGAAGAACCCAGCAGACACAGGAAGAAGAAGAAGAGGAAGAAAGAAAAAGAAAAAAAAGAAAGGAAGAAGAUGAUCGAAAGAGGGGCAGAAGAUGGAUCAAGAAAAAGAGAUGGUUGCAACCAUGAGAAAAGUGCCUUUCUUGAAUCAUUGGCGCAACUGGCGUGUUCCCUACUCAUUUUAGGACUUAAAGUCACACAUAAUGGAGUGAUUCUUACGGAAACUCUUCUCAAAUGGAAAGCUAGUCUCGACCACCAAAGCCAAAGCUUCCUCUCUUCUUGGGUUGGGGAUAGUCCUUGCAGUUGGAUUGGAAUUGCCUGUGAUAAAGCUGGAAACGUCACCAACAUAAGCCUUCCAAGUUUUGGUCUCAAAGGUACACUUCACAACCUUAACUCCGUGGCCUUCCCCAACCUAGUGCAACUUCAUCUUGGUAAUAACUCACUCUAUGGUGGCAUUCCUUCCCACAUUGUUAACCUAUCCAAACUCACUAAUCUCAACUUGUCUUAUAAUAAAUUUUCUGGAAAUAUUCCUUCUCAAAUAAGAUUGUUGUUGAGUCUAAGCUUCAUUUCCCUUGAAAGAAAUAAUAUCAGCGGCUCUAUUCCUAAGGAUAUAGGAAGGUUGAGUUCACUUUCUAUACUCCACCUCAAUAACAACCAACUCACUGGGUCAAUUCCUGUUUCUGUAGGAAAUUUGAGCAAUUUGUUUGAACUUCAGAUUAAAGACAAUAGGCUUAAUGGUUCUAUACCUCAAGAUGUUGGAAUGAUGAGAUCUCUUGUUUCGCUUGAUUUUUCUAAGAACUCCCUAACUGGAUUGAUCCCUGCGUCAAUAGGAAAUUUAAGCAAUUUAAGGUAUCUUAACCUUUAUGUCAAUCAACUGUCUGGUUCUAUUCCUAGUGAAAUUGGAAUGAUUCAAUCACUCUCCACCUUGCAAUUAUUCAAAAACAAUCUUAAAGAUGGUAUCCCUGCUUCCAUAGGAAAUCUUACUAAUUUAUCCAUUCUUUAUCUCUAUGAUAACAUGCUUUUUGGCUCAAUACCUUCAGAAAUAGGAUUGCUUAAAUCUUUGAGUGAACUUGUUCUAUCUGAUAACAAUUUCUUUGGUACAAUCCCUGCUUCCAUAGGAAACCUAACCAAUUUAUCUAUUUUUAAUGUCUUCAAUAACACACUUUCUGGCUCAAUACCAUCAAAGUUAGGAUUACUUAAAUAUCUUCGAGUACUCCAUUUGGCUUACAACAAUUUAUCUGGUCCUAUUCCUAUAGAAAUUAAUAAUAUUACUCUUUUGGAAAAUAUGCAAUUAGAAAAUAACAAAUUUAUUGGGCAUUUACCUGAGAAUAUGUGCCUUGGGGGAUUUCUCAAAUAUUUGUCGGUAGCAAACAACCAUUUUAUCGGCUCCAUUCCAACCAGUUUGAGAAACUGCAAUAGCUUAUACAGGGCAAGGCUUGAAGGGAAUCAACUUGAAGGGAAUGUAUCAGAAGCUUUUGGCAUAUAUCCCAACUUGUCUUUUAUCGAUUUGAGUGAUAACAAGUUGUAUGGUGAACUUUCUCCAAAUUGGGGUUCGUGUCAUAACCUCACAAGCUUGAAAAUCUCCAACAAUAACAUUUCUGGGAGGAUACCACCCGAGCUAGCUCAAGCCACACAAUUACAUCUGCUUGAUCUUUCUUUGAAUCAUCUAAGGGGGGAGAUUCCUAAGGAAUUAAGUAGGUUGACAUCAUUGGUAAACCUUUGGUUAAAUGAUAACCAACUCUUUGGCAAAAUCCCUUCGGAGCUUGGAGAACUAUCUGAUUUGCAAUAUCUUAGCUUGGCAGCAAACAAUCUAAAUGGAUCAAUUCCAAAACAACUUGGAAUGUGUUGGAAGUUAUUGAGCUUGAACUUGAGCAAGAACCAAUUUGGGGAAAACAUUCCAUCUGAAAUACACAACAUAUCUGCACUCCAAACUCUUGAUUUGAGUAGGAAUAUGCUAAUAGGAGAGAUUCCACAGGACCUUGGAAGAUCGCAUACAUUAGAAUCACUAAAUCUUUCUCAUAAUAUGCUCUCUGGUUUUAUUCCUCAUACUUUUGAUGAUAUGCAGAACUUAACAAAUGUUGACAUUUCCUACAAUCAGUUGGAGGGCCCUAUUCCCCACAUCAAAGCCUUCCUUGAUGCCCCCUUUGAUGCUCUUAGAAACAAUAAAGGCCUAUGCGGUAAUGCCACUGGCCUAGAGCCUUGUGCAUUCAAAAGCCUAAAGAGAAGUUCCAGCAAACUUGUGCUUUUAAUUGUUAUACCUGUUUUGGGUGGUCUACUUCUCUUAUUUAUUUUAGUGGGGUGUUUUCAUAUUUAUCGCAAAAAAAAUGAGCCAACAAGAGAGGGUAAAUCUCAAGAAAUUUUUGCCAUAUGGGGAUAUGAUGGGGAAAUCCUCUAUAAAAACAUCAUUGAAGCUACAGAGCAAUUUGACUCCUCCUGUUGCAUUGGAUCAGGAGGAUAUGGUAAUGUUUACAAAGCUGUGUUGCCAACAGGUCGGGUGGUUGCCGUGAAGAAGCUUCAUCCAUCAGAUGACAAUCAAUCCUUCCCUCUACAAACAUUUAAAAGUGAGAUUCGUGUUUUAGCAAAUAUACGACAUCGAAAUAUUGUGAAGUUGUAUGGUUUUUGUUCUAAUGCUGAGCACUCAUUCCUAGUUUAUGAGUUUGUCGAAAGGGGGAGCUUGAAAAAGGUUUUAAGCAACCCAGAAGAAGCUCGAGAGUUGGAUUGGGAUAAGAGGCUAAACAUUGUUAAAGGGGUAGCUAGUGCAUUAUCUUACAUGCACCAUGAUCGCCAAUCACCAAUAAUCCAUCUUGACAUUUCUGGCAACAAUGUUUUGUUGGAUCUGGAUUAUGAAGCUCAUAUAUCUGACUUUGGCACUGCUAGAAUUUUAAAGCCAGAGUCCUCUAACUGGACAUCAUUUUCAGGCACUUUUGGCUACACAGCUCCAGAGCUAGCUUAUACAAUGCAAUUAAGUGAGAAGUGUGAUGUGUAUAGCUUUGGAGUGGUAACAAUGGAAGUACUUAUGGGAAGACAUCCUGGUAAUAUGACCUUGGGUUUAUGGACACCAAAUGUCCAGCAAAUGCUAUUGAAUGACGUUGUAGAUCAGCGCCUCCAACCUCAAAGAAUGAAUCAAGUGGCUGAGCAAGUGGUUUUUACAACAAGGCUAGCAUUUAUGUGUCUGCAAAUCAAUCCCCAAUUUAGACCCACCAUGCACCAAGUUUAUCAAGCCCUUAACAGUGGUCCACCAUCUCCUCUGCCAAAGCCAUUUUCAAUGAUAAGUUUAGGAGAACUGAUUGGAGUUGGACAUGGGGUGGAAGAAGGUCUGAGUUUCUGAUCAUUUAGUUUGGAUAUGUUUAUCAAUAUUAUUGCUAUCUAUAGUGUAUCCUUUCUGAUUCAUCUUUUCUUGCAAUAAAAACUAUUAUCUAGUUUGUAUUCUACUCCUCGCGAUGAAUUCAUAAAGUUGUGUCUGCGGCUGGUAUUGAUGCCAUUUUACUGAUAAAAUGGUAUUCUGCAU